AAAUGCAACAUAUCUCAAUAAUAAGGAUAUUUUAUUCACUGACUAGCAGUAGCUCUAGCGUAAAUUCAUUAAAUAAGCCAAAUUUGUUCACUUCUAGGAAAAAAAAAAACGAAACAAAACACAUGCCUUAUAAAAUCCACCCAAACACACCACACCUUUCUAACUUGAAAAAUAUCCCACAUUACUCUAAAAUUGAAAACCAACAACAACAAAAAAAAUGAGCUCAAAACUCUCUUUUCCUCACUCUUCUCACACUCCUCUCCUAACACUCAUCUUCACACUACUCAUCUUCCUCCUCUCAUCACCCCUAUCAUCAUCCUCCAUUACACCUCCAACUCGUAAACCGUUCUCGAAAAUCUACGCCUUCGGAGACUCCUACACAGACACAGGCAACACAGUAUCAGCAACAGGACCUUCAGGGUUCAACUUUGUUUCCAAUCUCCCUUAUGGUAUGACCUACUUCCACCACCCCACUAACCGAUACUCCGAUGGUCGAUUAGUCAUUGAUUUUCUUACACAAACUCUAUCACUGCCGCUUCUCCCCGCUUAUCGCUCCACCACCGGUGGUGGAGCGACCAACGGUGUAAACUUCGCCGUAGCGGGGUCGACAGCGAUAGAGCAAGGCUUCUUUGUUAAGAACAAUCUUACCUUUGAUGUUACCCCUGAGUCUUUAGGGACUCAGUUGGGUUGGUUUAAUAAUUACUUGGCAAAACAAGGUGGGUGUAGUGAUGCAGUGAAGUGUGGUGCAUUGUUUAAUGAUGCGUUAAUUUGGGUUGGAGAGAUUGGUGCUAAUGAUUAUGCUUAUGCUGCUGAGACUGAAGUUAGCAAGAGUGUUAUUCAGAAUUUGGCUAUUACAAGAAUCUCUAACUUUCUUGAGGCAAUACUAAAGAAAGGAGCAAAAUAUGUAGUUGUACAAGGCUUGCCUCCAACAGGGUGCUUAACACUAGCAAUGUACUUAGCUCCAACAAAUGACCGAGACGACUUAGGCUGUGUUCGAAGCGUAAACACCCAAAGCAACACCCACAACACCCUCCUCCAAGCCAAAAUACAAGACCUUAGAAAGAAGUACCCUCAGUCGAACAUCAUCUAUGCUGAUUACUACAAUGCAUACCGCGACAUCAUGAAGAACUCGAAAAAGUAUGGAUUCAAGGAGGCCUUCAAAGUAUGCUGUGGCUCUGGAGGAGGCUCCUAUAACUAUGAGUUCUUCUCGGUGUGUGGAUCCCCAUCUGCAAAGCCGUGCCCCAACCCUUCGCAGUACAUGAAUUGGGAUGGAGUCCACUUGACGGAAGCCAUGAAUAAGGUUGUAUCGGGAUUGCUCCUACAAGGAGGGUACUCUCACCCUUCCUUUCAGGAUUUGAUCAGUAAGAAGAUGAGUCAAGUAUAAGGUCUCCAAGGUCUAGAUGAGUUAUAUUCCUAUAUGUAAGUUGAUAGAAUUAAAAUAUUAAUAGUACUAAUAUGAGUUACUUUGUGUUAGUUUUGCCGUUUUUGGGCAUAUUAUAUAUCAGAGUUCUUGUUAGUUUCUCCUGCACAAA